AGAUAGUGCAAUGGCAGUGUUCUACCUUCUUAUCCUUCCUAUCAUACACAAUCAUAACAGUUAUCUAUAAUCGUUAUUGUACAUUUGUAUGCAUAUAAUUCAAUAACCCCCAUCGUUCGUGAAUACGUCAGAAAAUGACAUCAAAGACAAUAUAGAAAUCAUUUGACUGAAAAACUACACGUCGCAUAAUAUUACGCCACACUCGUCGAUUCUUAGUGGCGUCUACGAUAAUAAAAUUGCCAACAACCACCCACCGGAAAAGGAAAAAAUAAAAUAAAAACACCCACCGGAAAAGGGAAAAGAAAGCAGUUCCUUGUCUUUCAUUUCAACAGAGACCUGUGGGACGGUGCUGAUAGGCUGAAAUGGAACAAGAUAUUGGGCUUCGCACGGCACUCACCUGGCUUUGGGUACCCGCGGAUUUAAAAAAUAACACAUUCAACACGAUUGUCUUUAAAUAGGCGCAGAGGAGCAAACGCAUUUGUAUGUUUGAGAAGGAAUUCAAAUAUUCGUUUCUAGUAGAUUUAUAAUCUUUUCUGCAUACGCGGGGAAAUGCCAGGAGUUAAGUUAAACUGUUAUAGGAUACAUAUCUGCGCCUUACAACACACUGUACAAGUCUCUGUUUUUCCACUGUUUGUUUAACCCCUGGUGACGAUCCUAUCAACUACCUUCCAUCCUAUCUACCCUCCAUCCUAAAACGAGCCGAGCCGACAUAUUUCGACACAGGUCAUCAAUCGGCUUUCGCGAUGGUCGAUAACCGCUAUGCCACAGCGCUGGUGAUCGGCUCAGUGCUUAGUCUGCUGGCCACGGUGUACCUGUCGGUGGCUGUGGGCACACAACACUGGUACCAAUACCAGAGCCCGCCGGCCGGUAGAGACGUGGCCAACACAUCGGAGCUGCGCAACCCACGGGAAGAUUUCCUGAAUGGGGACUUCGACGAAAAGACCUACAGCGACAUGCUCUUCCGCCUCAACGGCACCUUGGGUCUCUGGUGGCGCUGCGUCCAGGUGCCGGCGCCGGCGCAUUCACACUGGUUCAAAGAACCUGAUCCUAAGAUGGUAACUGAGUGUGUGAGCUUCACACUGCCACACCAGUUCGUCCCCAAAUACAAGGAUCCCGGGAACCAUAACGGCCAAGAGGACCUGUUACGCACAUACCUGUGGAGGUGUCAGUUCCUACUGCCGCUGGUGUCACUGGGUCUGGUGUUCCUGGGAGCUCUGACUGGGCUGUGUGCCUGCCUGUGCCGCAGCCUCACCCCCACACUGGGCAUUGGGGUGCUCCACCUGCUGGCUGGUAUGUGUACAUUAGCGACGGUGUGCUGCUUCCUGGCUGGGAUGGACCUGCUGCACCGGGCCAACCCACCGCCAGACGGGGUGGACGGGUCCCUGGGCUGGUCCCUCUACCUGGCUCUCAUCUCCUCCCCGCUGCACAUGAUGGCCGCCGCCCUGCUGCUGUGGGCAGCGCGGAGCCACCGGCAGAGCUAUCACCGCAUAACCGCGUACCGCGUGGCAUAGAUCUACAACCAUUACUCUCACUCUGGUAGAACUGCCACAUAACCGCGUGGCAUAGAUCUACCACCAUUACUCUCACUCUGGUAGAACUGCCACAUAACCGUGUGGCAUAGAUCUACCACCAUUACUCUCAUUGGUAGAACUGCCACAUAACCGUGUGGCAUAAAUCUACCACCGUUACUCUCACUCUGGUAGAACUGCCACAUAACCGUGUGGCAUAGAUCUACCACCGUUACUCUCACUCUGGUAGAACUACCACUGCAUUACCACAUAACCGUGUGGCAUAGAUCUACCACCAUUAUGUCUCACUCUGGUAGAACUGCCACAUAACCUUGUGGCAUAGAUCUACCGUCGUUACUCUCACUCUGGUAGAACUACCACAUAACCGUGUGGCAAAAAUCUACCACCAUCAGUCUCACUCCAGCAGAAUUAUCAUCACAUAACCGCAUGGACUUUUAUCUGUUUUUUUUUUUUUAAUACAGAUGCAAUACUAAUUUUCUGGUCUUUACAAUAUGGCUAUCAUAUCAGGAGCAAAUGUUCUGAACACUCAGCAGCUGCAAUGUUUCUAAAAACCUGGUACCUAAUGUUUUUAAUGUUGUGAUGGCUUGUGCCAGUGUAUAGGACUAUUUUUUUUUCCUUUUCAAACACCUUGUGAGUUUCAAUUUCCUUGGAUUACCAUUUCAGAGGAAUAAUAAUGUUUUCCUCACAGUUUGAGAAUUUUUUUUUUUUUUUUUGAAGAUGUAGUGUUUUUGUUUUUUUAAAAUUGACAGGAGUGCAGUAAAAGUAACCCCUUCUGUUUGUCCAUGUAUUAUUAAUAUAAACUGUAUGUACGUUUGUGACAAGUUUAAUAUUAUUGCUGUUCUUAUUGCAUGCACAUAUUUUUUCUGGUGUUAAGUCGAUUGUUGGCAAGUAUGUUUUUUUUUUUAAUUUUUUUUUUUUAUUUUUACCGUUUUGAACUUCUAUGGUGGUCAGUUGUUGAAAUUGCUAUGAUUUAUCUGCAGCCACUCAAAAUGACUUGUAUACGUAUGUCUUGGGUGUUGAGGAAUUUUGAAUCUUGGAAUGUGUUUAUCUUUCUGGACUGUAAGCUGUUUUGUAGAAAUCAGUGGUGAACAUGUGCACCUGAGGUAGUUGAAUUAGGUGGGUGCUUGGACCGUGUAACGUUCACUGUAGAGACGUCUUGACUUGCUCUGAUUGAAUAUUCCCACCCCAUCUAUAUUAAACCACUCCUGAGGGUUAAUGCACCCUUCUACUACCACGGCACAGCCUUGUUUGUAUCAUCAUGGAGAUGGACUUAUACAUCUUCAUUGGCACACCGCACUAUUCUCACCUCUGAUUUGUCCACUGUGCCACAUCAGACAUACCUGGGCCAAUCAUACGUAACCAUGUUAUGUGACGCAUGAAGGGGGAAGAGCGUUUGUGGUGUGAGACUGUCUGACCCAUGGCAGUCACUGUGACAAAUGUAUUAACCACUAGUACCGUGCAGUGGCAAUGUAAUGCCAUAAGGAAGAUUUUGACUGCUAUUAUAGUGUAUGUCAAUUAACAUUUCACCUUGCAUAGCCUUGUAUUUCUACAUAUUUAUUUACUGAAGCAAUUCUGGUUAAAGGCGGUGCCAUUACUGGGGAAUCUGACCCACAACCUACUCGCCACAAUCCCAGCUCCUUAACCACUGUGCCACACUGAAUAUUUCAGUGGAUAACUAUUUGAAUAGUUUUGUAUUUCACCAGUGACAAAUUGAGAAUAUGGAUGAGCUCUGUGUUACUGAGCCAGCUCAGUAUGAAGGGACACAAGGAAAACAUUUCAUGUGUAGAAUGUAAAGAUUGAUCAAAAAAUCUGCUCCAAAGCUGAAUAAAGGAACUUUGUUCAUGUCUA